AUGUCCUUCCUCACCGAGCGCUUCCUCCGCAUCGCCACGCCCGCCUCGCGCGUCGCCCUCGCCACCGCGUCAAGAACGACGACAACAACGGCUUCACGCACCGCGCGGGCCACCCCGUUUUCCACCACCUCGCCCGCGAGGAAAACGCCCACCGAGGCCGCCAAGGAGGGCCUCAAGAAGGCGGACCGCGCUGUGAGCGACAAUAUUCUCGUCCCUGGCCUGGACGCUGCUGCCAAGGCCAAGGAAGCUGCGCAAAACAUGACCGCGGGCGAGGCCAAGGGCAAGGCCGAGGAGCUCAAGGGCCAGGCUAAGGGUGAGGCGCAAGAGCUCAAGGGUCAGGCCAAGGGCGCUUUCAAUGAGGCGGCUGGCAAGGCCAAGGGUGCUGCCGAGGAAGUGAAGGGGAAGUUGUAA